AUGCUGGACCCAAUUUCGCCUCCCCCAGACUGGUUGCGGGAGAUUGUCGAGCCCUGGGCUCUACGUUUCAACCUCCCUGCCUUGGUUGAUCACUCUCAUGAAGUCAUCGCUGCUUUUCUCGGUUACCUAUCUAUUCAUUAUAUCCUCUCGCCAUGGCUAUCUCCAAAACUAUUCCCUCGCCACUAUCCCAACCUCAACAAGCGCACCAAGCUCAACUGGGAUGUCCAUGUUGUAUCCCUCGUACAGAGCACCUUCAUCAAUGCCGUCGCCCUUUGGGUGCUUUUCGUGGAUGAGGAAAGAAAGUCCAUGACAACUGGAGAGCGAGUCCUUGGGUAUACUGGGUCGUGUGCCUUGAUCAGCUCUCUUGCAGUUGGAUACUUUAUCUAUGACCUGAUCGUCAGCACAAUCUACGUCAAUAUGUUUGGUAUCGGCAUGCUCUUCCAUGCCGUGUCUGCACUAUGGGUGUUCAGUUUUGGAUUUAGACCUUUUGUGAACUUCUACGCUCCAGUCUUUAUCCUCUACGAGCUCUCCAGCCCCUUCCUCAAUAUCCACUGGUUUCUGGACAAGGUCAACAUGACCGGGUCCAACCUGCAAUGGUACAACGGCAUGGCGCUUCUCGUCGUGUUCUUCUGCUGUCGUCUCAUUUGGGGAACCUGGCAAUCCGCGCUCGUCUACAUGGACAUGUUCAACGCUCUCAGACAAACCUGGUCUGCCGGUCCCUCGUCACCGCUAAACCCUGUCGAUAUCACGGCCCAAAUAUUUCAGGCUCGCGAUGACGGCUCCUUGUGUAUCAACGAAGCCUGCGUUAGGGCCAACGCCGAGAUUACCAAGUACUCCAAGUACACCGCUGGCGGCGUCCCUACCUGGCUGGUCGUCACCUACGUCACGUCCAACGUGAUCCUGAACGGACUUAAUUACUACUGGUUCUCAAAGAUGAUUGAGACUGUUAUGAAGCGCUUUCGCCCUCAGAAAGCUCCAGCCAAUGAGAAGGAGUCCACGGAGCACAACAAGGAAAUCAGCACGGAAGAACUUGCCCAAAAGGCCGUUCUAGAUGCUGCGUCUAAACUAGAGAGGGAAGAGGGGAGUCUGUUCUUAGGCUCUAACGAACAGUUAGUGGCAUCGGGUGUUGACGCGGGUGUUUCGGAUCUACGGAACCGAAAGGCUUAA